AUGGCGCCAUCCAUCAUCGAAACUCCCGCUGCAGAGAUCACCGUCCCUAUUAAGACCGACCCUAGACCAGCCGAUUCCAACCCCAAAGCCCGAGUCAGAAGGGUUAUCGACGAGGAAGGGGGAAAUACUACUGCCAGUUAUCCAGCCUACCUACCCACUUGGGACUAUGGCGAGAAAUACCCUCCCCUUGAGCCGUUCACUCAUGUCGAUCACGGCAAAGAUGCAGAUACAUCCCUGAAAGACCUCCUAUCCGAAGGAUCCAAGAUUCAAAAGAUCACACCAACGAUCGGCUCCGAAGUCACAGGCAUCCAGUUAAGCAAGCUCACCUCCGCCGGAAAAGACCAACUCGCCCUCCUCGUUGCUCAACGCAAGGUUGUGGCUUUCAGAGACCAAGAUCUUGCUAGCUUACCGAUUGACGAAGCGCUUGAGUUCGGAGGGUACUUUGGCCGGCAUCAUAUUCAUCCCACUAGUGGGUCUCCAGAGGGAUAUCCAGAGAUCCAUCUGGUUCACCGACACAAUAAUGACUGGGGACUUGAUCAGUUUCUCGCUGGGAAGAAUAGCAGCGUAUCAUGGCAUUCCGAUGUCACUUACGAGCAGCAGCCACCUGGGACGACGUUCUUGUACAUUCUGGAUGGUCCAGAGGUCGGCGGCGAUACUGUUUUCGUGGACCAGGUUGAGGCUUAUAACCGGCUUUCACCAGCGCUCAAAGAGAGGCUGCAUGGGUUGAAGGCUGUGCAUUCUGGGAUUGAGCAGGCCGAAUUUAGUCUGAGCCGCGGAGGGGUUGUAAGACGAGAGCCCGUGAAGAAUGAGCACCCCCUUGUCCGGACUCAUCCUGUGACUGGCGAAAAGGCGCUUUUCGUGAAUGCUGGCUUCACUCGCAGCAUUAUCGGCCUUAAGAAAGAGGAAAGUGAUGCUCUCUUAGGCUUCUUGUUGGCCCAUAUCGGUCGGGGUAUCGACUACCAGGCUCGUAUUCGGUGGGCCCCAAAGACUGUUGUUGUUUGGGAUAACCGUAUCACCGCGCACUCUGCAGUCGUUGACUGGGUGACGGGUGAGCGUCGUCACUUGGCACGUAUCACACUGCAGGCUGAGCGUCCUUACGAAACACCAUACAUUGCAGAAGCAGAGCAAGCGAAGGUUUGA